AUGACAGCUGAAGACAUCGCGCUGACAAAGGCAUAUCUCUACGUCUCUGUCGAUUCGAUUGUAGGGAAGGAUCAGACAAGUGAAAGAAUGUGGAGUCGUAUUUUGGUUGCUUGGAGGGAGAACAUGGGAACUUAUGAUGAGUUUCGAAAAGCCAAUGGCUUAUCAUGCCGUUGGGGUCUGAUCCAAGCUGAUGUAACUAAGUUUCAUGCUGCAUAUGAAUCUAUAGAGAGAGCUCCCAAAAGUGGAGUCUCGAUUGAGAAAGUGAAACGAGAUGCACUGAGAGUUUAUAAGGAGACUGGGGAUGGAUCAGCAUUCAAAUUCGAACACUGUUGGGAAAUUCUGAAAGAAAAUCCUAAGUGGUGUUCACUUCAACUCACUAAGAAUGGAACUUCAAAGAAAGAAAAGAAGACUAGUGAAGGUCUUGCUGAUAGUUUAGCUCAGACAUCACUUACUUCUUCACUACCUGAUGGUGUCACAAAUGUGGAUACGGAGAACAUUGAUGUCGAACAAGGAGUUGCUCGACCACCGGGCAUACUGAGUAGUUUCCAGUCUACAAUUGAAAAGCAACACUUGUUUAAUCAACAAGAACUGGAACUGAAGAAAGAAAAGGAUAAAAAAUACCAUGAACUGAUGGAGCUAUUGGUGAAAAAGGAAUUGGAACUGAAAGAAAAAGCUCAACAAUUGAAGGAAGAAGCUCAAAAGGAGAAACAAAAAUUAGAAAAUAGAAAGGAAUGUGAGCGCAUUAUGACAACUUAUCUUACUCCUCUCCAACCCGCCAUACGGAGGGUUUAUGAACAAAUGCAGGCGAAAAUAAUAAAGGAAUGGGAAGAGGAAGGUCUUUUGGGGGAUGACUGGUUGAUGCUUUAA